GGGGGGUUUCAGGUUUAAAUCUUUCCUCAGAGAGUCACAGAAGAAGAGAAGAAUGGCGAGGUCGACAACCAAGGACGCUCAAGCCCUCAUUCAGUCCCUUCGUUCUGCUUAUGCUGCUACCCCAACGAAUCUCAAGAUCAUCGAUCUCUAUGUGAUUUUUGCAAUUUCUACAGCUUUGAUUCAGGUAGUUUACAUGGCAAUUGUUGGAUCAUUUCCAUUCAACUCUUUCCUUUCUGGAGUACUUUCUUGUGUUGGGACAGCAGUGCUAGCUGUUUGUCUCCGCAUUCAAGUUAACAAAGAGAACAAGGAGUUCAAGGAUUUACCACCAGAACGUGCAUUUGCUGAUUUUGUCCUCUGCAAUUUGGUGCUGCAUUUGGUUAUUAUGAAUUUCCUUGGUUAAACUAUGGUUGUAGGGGUUUUAGGCAUGUUUCCUUUGAUAUUAACAGUCAAAAGGGGGUGGAAUGGAUUUGACUUUCGUCAUA